UGGGGUGCUUCACUCAACCAUGCAGCUGUGCAGGCGCACCUCAGUGAAAGCACCUGAAGCAGUCAGAUCUCGCGUUGCCUGCCGCGUGGAACCGUCCAGUAACAUGCAGGAACAUCGCGUUAAGAACUUGGGAGUGUACCAAGACGAUCAACUGUUCGGAUCUCCAAUUACUUAAAUGUUGCAGCGAGGAUCAGUUAUCGAUGUAAUCUGUCGCGUGGGCCUCAUGAGGCUACCUCAUAAAAGCUAUCGAUCUACGUCCACUAUCCCUCGAAUCCACCCUCUGAUUUUAGCAUCCCCACACGCAUAAUGUUCGACAAAAUACCCAUGCCCACUGCCGCAGACCUCAUUCGCAUUACUUACAAAGGGGCAGAGCAGCUCCGUCGUGAGCAGCGUCCAGGAGGUGACCCGAGUAAACUGGACUUUUCGAUAGCAUCGACCUGCUAUAAUUGCGAUGCACUUAUCAUGGGUCGCAAACCCUUGGUCUGCUCUGGUUGUAGAUCCUUUGUAUUCUGCUCAAAGAAUUGCCAUACCACAAACUGGAAAGCAGGGAGGUUUGGAAGCCCAGGUCACAAAGUCUUCUGUGCAAAGAAUAAGGUGCAUAUGGAGAGGGUCCCGCAAGUGCAAGCCCUUCUAAAGCAAUUCCCUUGGGGUCGUGUCGAGGCGGAUGGCACCUUUGCCGCGGAUCUCGUGCGCGCUUGUUACAAUGUUUUAGGUGCUGAGGGUUUCGGGUACUGGAGCACUCCUGGAGGCUCCAACCCGCACCUCAAACAUCCAAGUCAACCUCCCGCUUCUUCUAAAGCGAUUCGCGUCGACGACGUACAAGGAUACGAACACGGCUACAUGCUACUUUCUGAUAGACCGUUGACGGACGAGACCGGCUGGAAGCUGGAGAAGCGGUUCAUCCCCCAAUUGGAUUUUGAGCCUGGCACGGAGCCUGAGAUUGCUUGCAAAGCAGAUAUCGUGGACUGGGAUUCGUGGUACAGGUGGCGAAAUCUUACCAAGGAGUCACCAGCUGCACUGUUGUUGCAUUACCCUCUUACCGUAUACCAGCUUUUGGUGCAUGUGCUCCACAAUCGUCAAGCUCUCAACGUGCAUUAUAUUGGAGUCCGAACCUUGCUGCUUCCUUACACAGACAUCAAGAUGACUUUCUUCGGCAUCGCAGUCCACUCGAUCGUCAAUAAGGCAAAGAAGAAUAGCAUUGCUAUGAAGGCGAAACGGAAGGAACCAGUCUACACAUACACCAGCCCUGAAUCUUGCGGAGCCAGCACAUUGUCCAUUUUUCUACACGGAGAUCAUGAAAAUUGGGAUCCGCGACUUCCCUUCCUCCUAAACAGCAGGCCCGAUGCCGUCGUCGCCCCAAAUGCUGGGCUCACCAGUUACCCGGCAUGGCAGUUCGUGAUCCUGCAUUGCCUCGCUGAAAAUACGCCUUUUGCCGCCACCGAAUACGCAGAGCAAUCCGCAGAAAUGCAAAGAGAUGCAUUUCCUCAGAUCGUUGCCCAUGCCCUGCCUAGCUUACAAGCGGCAGGUAUGCAUGGCUUGGCUUUUCACAACCUCACACGGCCAAGAGAAUACCCCAUCGCCUUUAAUCCUUUCCAGCGUCCUGGUCAGAGAGAUAUGAGCGCGACGCGUUUACCGAGCGUUCCGAACGGGUUUACGAUAAGAGUGGUUGGUGAGGAACAGCAGGAGGUGGACCGCCAUGUCUCUGCUGGCAUUCCUGCACCGGCUUCGGACUUGGAUGAGCUAAUCCAGAAGUCGGAGAAGUUGUCUCUGAACUCUUUGGACUGAGUAUCUUGGCACUCGUGCAUGUCUCCGUACUCGAGAGCUUCCUCGAUGGACGAACGUUGUGGUGAGUAGGCGCUUCUAGGUAUGGUUCAUCGUGCAUCCUGCCCAAAAAUAUGUAGCGUCCUCGACUACGUGUAUAAUAGUUGAUGUACUAGUAGUGUCGUCAUAGAUCCUGCAACACUUGUCCACCUACCAAAGGGGGGUUAAUAGUUCAUCCUAUCGAUCAAUUUGAAGUGACUUUACUUUAACUCUG